GCUACGUCGCGAAUACGAUUAGCUCCUAAACAAUUAUAACUGGGCGAUCCCCGGUGCGCCCCUUAUCUUCUUCAUCCUGUUCGAUUUAGGCCCACGUCCUGAAUGUGUAUCGCAAAUUAACAUGACAUCAACUGCUUACAGCUAUGUUGAGCAACUGAUUUCACAUCCUUGCGAGGGUGCGGAAAGCGCAGCAUGCGAAGCCUUGGCGCAACUAGGCGCACGCAACCGCGCGGGCGGUCAAGCAACCCAAAGAGAUGCGUGUUGUAUCGGAGAUAUGUAUGUACGCGCUAUCGCACAGAUGAGGCCGCCGUCGUGACGCCAGGGACGCAGCAUGCCGCUUGUCCGCUGGUGACAGUCGAGGUAUUGGCGCUGUCGCAACUCUCGCGACCCGGAGGUCCAACGGGUGGCGAGCCGUUGCAGACGCUUCCGUCCAUAGCAUCAACAAACCAUGCCUCCCAAGUCCUAGAGGCAAUAACUCAGACAGCGCGCGCCCUGCUUGCCUCUGGCCGCGAUGCAAGCAGCCCAGUCGUGAGCAAAACUACCAACGUGCAGGUGGUAUUUCAGGAUGGCUACGACAGGCUGUCCUCACUGCUGCAGGCCCUCCCGCAGUGCCAUGACGCCUACUCCCCCGCCGCCGCCAUUCCCUCCACAUGCGUGACGCUUUUCCACACCCACAACACUCUGAUCCAGGCUGCCCAUGACAGCCAGCAGCAGGACAUGGACGUGUGGACGGAUCUGAUGUCGGCCGCGCUGGGACUGUACCUACUGCGGGCACCGCGGCGCCUGCUGGCGUUGCGACCCACGGGUCAUCUGGACCAGGCGGUUGCGGCGCUGUCCCGGCAGGACCUGUGGGGGCUGCAGCGGCUGCUGUGGGAGCGGUUGGGAGCGGGGCUGACGGAGUGGGAGGACAUGCAGGACCUCCUAAGCAUCGUGCCAGCCUGUGAGCAACAAGCGAGGGCAGCAGCAACAGCCGCCGCAGCUGCGGCUGCCACAGCAUCUGUUGCGGCUCCCGCCCCGGGUACCUAUGUAG